GUGUGCGUUGUAAACAUGUGCUCAAUCCGACCGAUGGCAGUCUUGUAAUUUUUCUACAAUUUCGCCUGAAAUUUGUGUUAUUUUUCAUUAAAUUUGUGAUAAAAUAUUGACUAAUUGUAGUCCUGCAGUGGGCGGCGUCUUCAAUUAUUAAUAUCAUUUGUAAAUACACAGCUUCGUUUUUCCUCAAUCCCCAAUAAAAUGAGCUUCCGAGGACGGGGUGGCGGUGGUGGUGGUGGAUUCGGCGGCCGUGGUGGUGGAUUUGGCGGUCGUGGUGGAGGAGGCGGCGGCGGCGGUGGAUUCCGAGGUGGACGUGGCGGUGGAGGCCGUGGUGGGGGAGGUGGAGGCCGUGGCGGUUUUGGCAAUCGUGGUGGAUUUGGAAACCGGGACGACGGACCGAAGAAUAUCGUACCGCUGGGGUACUUCGACUAUCCCUGCCAGGAGGACCUGGUAGCCAAAGUGGAGAUCGAGAAUGUUCCCUUCUUCAACGCUCCAAUCUACAUGGAGGGUGAGAAACAGAUCGGCAAAGUGGACGAAAUUUUCGGCCACUUGCGAGACUUUUAUGUGUCGAUCAAACUGAUGGACAAUAUGAAACCGGAUGGAUUCCAAGCAAAACAGAAAUUGUUUAUCGAUUCGGCCAAGUUGCUGCCUCUGGCAAGGUUCCUACCUGAUAACAAUAAGAAACCAGGCGGUCGUGUCGGUAAACCUGGUGGUGGCCGUGGAGGCGGUCGAGGUGGUGGAGGCUUCCGGGGCGGCCGUGGCGGUCCAGGUGGUGGUCGAGGAGGUGGCGGAUUUGGUGGUCGGGGAGGUGGAGGUCGAGGAGGCGGCGGAGGUUUCCGAGGCAAUCGAGGAGGUGGAGGCGGUGGUGGCAAACGAUGGUAAAAAAUACUGUUCUUCGUUUUUUAUAUAGAAUACUGUAACACCUCAGAUGAUGUUUAAUAAAGCUUCUAAUUUAAGAUAGUCUGUAAGCAAACAAA